AUGAGUUCUUCAGAUAUCUCAAAUCCCCUUUCGGGAGAUGGAAAGUCUCAAAAUGAGCAUAAACAAACAUAUUCCCAGUGGGCCAAGAGCACCUACUAUGAUCAAUACGAAAAAUGGAUGCCCUGGAUCGAAGAUCAAUACCUGAAGUGGUUUGGAAAAGGCGACAACAAAGCCGCUUAUGCGACGAAAGAUGCCCUCUCCAAUACAAAGGUCACGGGCAUAGACCAAGUGGACAAACUUCAAGACGACACAGUCAACCUUGUUGGAAAUCAAAUCAGUGACAGGGGACUCUUGAAACCAGUGGGACAGUUUGCCUCGAAGGAAGGAGUUAACAGGGCUGAGAGAACUGGCAAGGACGAAUCUGGUUCUUACAUGGGUCCUGCUGGAGGUCUACUCGAUAAGGGCAAAGAGAGUGCCAGCAACGCAGGAUUGGGUCUGGCUCAAGGUGCCGAGUCUGUUCAGAAUAUGACGAUAGGGAAUAUCCCUGGGGCUAAGAGUAUUCUACCUGGGAAUAGCAAUUAG